AUGGCGCGAAAGUCGAAGAAGGAAGCUCCUGCCUCUCCCAGAGCUGAAGCCAAAGCAAAGGCUUUGAAAACCAAGAAAGAGGUGCUGAAAGGCAUCCAAAGUCACACUAAGAAGAUCUGCACAUCACCUACAUUCCAACGAUCUAAGACCCUGUGUCUCCGAAGCCAGCCCGAAUACCCUGGAAAGAGCAUCCUUAGGAGAAUCAAGCUUGACCACUAUGCCAUCAAGAGCCUCCAGACUACUGAGUCAGCCAUGAAGAAGAUAGAAGAUAUCACACUUGUGCUCAUUGCGGAUGUCAAGGCCAAUAAGCACCAGAUCAAACAGACUGUGAAGAAACUCUACGAUAUUGAUUGGCCAAGGUCAACAGCUUGA